AUGGCGAAUUCGGCGAGUUAUCAAAAGAAAAUGUGUAGAAUGGAUAAACGUGUAUAUGAAGGGCCGCGCACUAAACCACGAUACAUAGUUUGUCGAAGUGAUAGAUUAUUGAAAACCAUGCCCGUGUACGCUGUGAAUAAACACGAAUGCAAGCGAAUUCUCACGGAUACGGGAGUGGAAAGGUGCCGAGUUUUGAAGGAUUUGGGUUUUGACAGAGAAACGCGUGAUGGAAGGCCGUAA